AUGGUGGCUGGCGGUGGUCGUACCGGUCUAUCCUUGACGCCAGCACAACGCACAAUGGUUGAAAAGACUCGCGCUGUCCAGCAGCAACGCAUGGCGGCUUUAGAAGCCCAGCACGAACUCAAAUCCAAGUCUCGUUUGAAAAAACAGGAGAUUAAGACUCGCUGUCGAUCUCAACACGCGCCUGCUGCUCGGCGUCUCAUCUUGCGCCAUGUCGGUGGAGAACUUGCACACGUUGCAUAUCGAGAGCGAGAGUUGUCGAAAGCUCGAUCUGCGACAUCUCGCGACAGUAGUAAUUAUGAUUGUAAAGCAGUUGCGAGCAAUAAUGACGAAGAUCAAGUACAACAAAAAGCACAAGAUGCAGAUGACGGAUACGACGAAGAACGUUUCGGUCCCGUGCGUCGUCCACCUCGCAAGCAGCCGCUAAAUUUGUGGGUAUCGGUUUACAAACAGGAACUUGCUGAAGUCAUUGAGGCCAAGGACGAAACUCGACGCAAGCGCCUGGCUGCUGCGACCGAGUAUCGUGAUCAGCUUGCUCAGCAAGAGGCCGAGAAGCAGCGUCAACGCUUGGACGAGAAGUUUUUGGCUGACGCCUACGCGCGAGAACAAACAAAUCAACAGGCCGCGUGGCGUGAACAAGAGAACGUUAAGUUGAAGAAGAGACAGGAUCAGGUAGAGGAGGAAGCCCGACGAUGGCAGCAAGAACUUCGCAUUCAAGCUACGGCGUCUCGUAUGGCGCGAGAAAAAAAAGAGCUUAACGAGCAUCGAGCCCUUGAACGACUUCGCUUUUUAAAUGAAAAAGAUAGGCGUCGCAAGGCAGAGCGCAAGGCUGCCGAGAUGGAAGAGGUCGCACGAGUUCGAAAGGCAAAUGAGCAGCAGCUUGAAUUGAAGCGUCAAGCUGCGCUGCACGAUCAGCAACAAGAAAUUGAGCUUCAAAAAGCCUAUUCGAGGAGACUUGAGCAGCAGGAGGCUGCGCGUCGUGCAGAGCUUGACGCGAUACUUGUCAAACAGAGCCAAAAAGUGAAAAUGGCUCUUCUUAAUGUGAAAAGUGCUGAAGAGAAAGCGCGCGAGGAUGAAGAGCGUUCGCUUGCAGUGCAAGCGGCAGAGCGAGCUCGUGAAAACAAAUCAGUCGAGCUUAAAGAACGCAAGAAGCGCGAGGGUGCUCGUUUGCAGGUUCAGGCCUUAAUUCAGCAAAAAGAAGAGAAAAAGUCUCGACGAAAGUUAUUGGAAGAAGAAGAAGCUGCUGACGCGAACAAGUUGAAAGCAGACUUUCAUUCGUGGCAAAGUAAGCAAAAUGCAGAGAAGAAGAAAGCGUUUUACCGCAAUCGUGAAUAUCAAAAGCUGGUGCGACAGCAAAUGGAUGAAGAUAUCACGCGAAGAAAUGAUGAGGACAAAUACGGCAUGACUUUAUUAGAAGCGAAAUUGAAUUCUCAAUUGUUACUGAAAGCAGGAAUCAAGUCGCCACCGAAGGAUAUUCACAUUAGGUAG